AUGGCAACCACAAUGAGAUUCGUUUCACUGCUUCUCAUGAACCUAGUAAUUUACAUGAGCGGCACCGCACAAUGUUCCAUAACCAAACACUCAGACCCUAACCCUGCGGAGUUCGUGAAGUCGUCGUGCAGGACCACACGGUACCCUGUUUUAUGCGUCCAAUCGCUGCUGGCCUACGCAAGCGUGAUUCACCGAAGCGAGAGGCAGCUUGCGAUAACUGCUUUGUCGGUGAGCAUAUCGAGGACGCGAUCAUCGGCAUCGUUCGUGAAGAAGAUGUCGAAAGCAAGAGGCGUGAAGGGUAGGGAGAGGAGAGCGGUGCAAGACUGCGUGGAGAACAUUGGUGACAGCGUGGAGCGUCUGAAGCAAUCGGUAAGGGAGUUGGGGCGAACGGGCGUGGGAGAGCACUUCGCAUGGCACAUGAGCAACGUACAGACGUGGGUUAGCGCUGCCCUCACCGACGACAACACCUGUCUUGACGGCUUCGCUGGUUCCGCCAUGAACGGUAACGUGAAGGGUGCCAUAAAAGAGAGGGUUCUCCACGUUGCUCAGGUUACAAGCAAUGCUCUCGCCUUCGUUAAUCGCUUUGCCUCUAGCCACCCUACUCAAUCUCCUUAA